AUGUCAACUUACGGGCGGAAAGGAAUUUUGAUUAAGUCAAAGUUUAGUCAUACCACUUGGGUCAAAAAUAAGAAGGUUGAAAGAGUAGAAAGAAAUUAGAUCUGUCAAAUUCACAGACUUGCUGUUGCAACAGACCCCCUUUUUAAAGCUCUUUGUCUAUAAACGAUCUGAAAAACAUUGGUAAGAAUAGGUCAAACUGAACCAUUCAGUUGAUGUUAAAAGGUGAAGCUCCUGAUUUUGGAAUUCAUCUGUCCGCUGCCCUAGGUUUUUGAAUUCUUCCCCAAAGCCUGCGCCAUUGUAUGAAGAUCAUUUACCGUGUCGCACGGAGGCCAUGGCGUAUUCUUCUGUAAAUUGUGGUAAGUUUUGGUGUCUGACCUAAUCAGCAUGGAUGAUUGUAAGUUGCAAGAUUGGUUUAACGUAUGUGUAUACCGUAAUUAUUAGAUUAACCGCCCUGGGCGCUUGUUAAAUUUUUGGACCUUGAUAAUGGGCGCUUAUUAAAUUUUCACCAUUCUCAGCAAGUGUAGUAUGUUUAUUUUGCAACAAAACAAUAAAUGGAGUUUGUGUGGGAGGGAGUAGGGUGGAGGUGGGGGAGGGUGCUUAUUCGAGGCUUGGCACUUAUUAACUUUUUCUGCCUUUAGGAUGGGCGCUUAUUCGAGGUUGGGCGCUUAUUCGAAUAAAUACGGUAGUCUUCCUGUAAGUGCCAGGGGGGUCAAACAUCCGUGAGGGGGUACUCCAUGUAGUGGCUUGUAACGGGAGGCUCCGCCCGAAAGGGAUACCUUUUUCAGGCUUCAGGUAUAUGAAAGGGUAGGGAUUUUACUUGUUGAAGUAUAUAAAAGGGUGAGGAAAUCUGUCAUUUUGGUCGGUAAAGGCCCAACAGGGCGAAGAGAUGCAUUUCAUGGCUGUGAAAAAGUCGAGAAAACGUUCUGUUUUUGUGAUUUAUUCAGAUUUUAAAGACAGUGCCUUUGGAGCAGUUUAAAAGGGAUGGAAAAUUGUAAACUGGGUAUGGGAAAGGGGUACCAUUUGUCAAUAAAAGGUAUACGAAAGAGGCACCUUUUCUGCCAAAUGGUAUAUGAAAGGGUAACGGGUUGAACUUUGGAGCGGAGCCUCCCUAUAUAAAAGUACCCCCCCCCCCCCCGGGCUAAACAUUUCCAUCCAGGAAUUGGAAUUGGAAUGUGCAUAGAAAUAACAUCUAAGUUCUAUUUCGCGCAUCAAAUUUGAGUUGGAGUCGUUGCUUCGUAACAGGGACCGCGGAGACCAUUUUAAAGUGGUAGGGCUAAAAAAUCUGGCCAGUACAAAGAAGCAUUAAGUUCAGUGUUUCGCCUUUUAUCUUGCAUUUGCGCGCCAUCUUAUUUACAACCUCGGCAAAUAUAACAUAAACGUCGUCACUUGUUAUAGUGUCCAGUAUAGCCAAUAUGUUAAGUAAACCUUCCUAAGAUUGCUACUUUUUGAAGUUGUCCGCAAUGCUGAAGUUUCUCUUGAGGUUUUCAUUGCGGGAAACAAACUCCUGUGCGACGUCAGCUAUAGAGACACUGUCUGUUCUCCGCUUGUGACCAUUACGGCAACACUGCUAAGUUGCCAAACCUUUCGUCACGCAUCUUGGAUCGAAGCGACGUCUUCAGACGCCGUGCAGAUGAGAGUGAACGCUCGCCAGCAGCACUGGUAACAGGAUUUACAGCAAGCAGCUUACAGAUAGUUUGGACUUCCUGAAUUAGCCUCUUUUCUGGUUCUGGAAACUUUAACACCGCCAACAGGAUUUCGUUAAAACAUGAUAUCUUCUCCUCCUUUAACAUAACUUCCAAAAUACUUAGUUGCUCAGGUAGCGCCCCUGUAUCAACAUCUUCGCUGUAUGACGCAUCACGAAACUGAACUCUGCCUCGUCGUCACCAAUAUGAGCUUUAACCAAGAGGGUCUCCAUCUGGGCGUAGGAGCUGAAGCUUUCCUGAUUAACGCGGUGAUAUAUAGCCCGACGAUAAGAUGAAUACCCUCAUAAUAGACCCCUCUAAAGUGAUCUUUGGCAGUUUGGGGAUAGCUUGGUGCACCAGCACCAACCUCCAGUCUGACCAAAGUGCGUCGUUUUCUUGGAAGCGUUGGUUCGCUAAGCAGGCCUUCACUCUUGCAGGCAACAUCAGCAUAGAAAUGGUCCGAGCUUUCAUCAGUGCGAAAUUUUGUCAGCGUCUUCUUUGUUAGUUUUGGCAGGCGUUGUCCAAUGACAGCAGCCAUCUUAGUACCCUGAAAAUCCUUAGAUAGAUUAUCUGUGUGGGAAUAAAGGUGCUCUCCAAGAUGAAAAGCAAAGAAAAAGUCAAAUUGCUCCUUCCAUUUUGGGCCUUACAUCUCAUUAUUCUUGCAAGCAAAUCGGGUUGUAAUCGUUCGGACAUACAAACACCCAACUCUUCCAUAGGACAAAGUCCAAAAAUUCCACGGGAAUUCUUUCCAUGUCAACUGGAGCCCUAGAAAAUAAAUCCCAGCAAUAAAAGUGGUAGGGCUAUAGCCCUACCAGCCCCUCCCCCUCCGCGGUCCCUGUCAUAUGGAGAAACGUUGUUUGUCCCUGGAAAGUGGGUCACCCUCCCAAGUGAGGGCCAAAGGCCCGACAGGCUAGGCGGGUCACCCUUCUAACCGAGCUAACUUGUUUCUCGUGUAUACGGUUCGCCAAGUUGUGUAAGGGAAUGUAGUAAAAGUUGGCUCGCUCAGGUUAUCUCGAGUAGGCGGGUGACACUUCUGCUUGAGACAAGUUUCCUCGUCGUAAUGUAUCGGUCAAAUCGAAGCUUCAACAUGUCCCCCCCCCCCGGGCAUACCCCGGGUAUUUGACACCUCUGCCGUCCCGGGGAGGAGGGAAUUUGAUUAUCAGAGUCUUUUAGGAGGUGGGGAAUUUGAUCCCCAUGUUUUAGGGGUGGGGAAUUUGAACUCCACCCUCGAUUUCAUGUAAAAUAUUUGGCGUGGCGAGCUAUCAUGGGGGACGCGGUGUUAGAGGAUUUUCGUGGAAAAGAUUGUGCCUUUGUGGCCAAUUGGUUACGAGGAAAGGGCCUGAACAAGCUUUGUGCCGUAUUUGAAGUAUUUAAAUUUUAAAAUUUUUAAUAUUGGAUUCAGGCUUUGAAUGUAUGAAUGUAUUUUAUUGUUGUGUUUACAAUGAAAUACAAUACCUAUACCGGCGAUUCAAUACAACAACAUAAAAUAAAAUAACAUGAAACGGUCAACUACUUUGACCUACUGCAAGUAUGUUAAUUAAUAAGGUGAGCGAUGAUGCAUGUUAGUAAAAUGGUCAUGAUGUAGUAAUCUCAAUAGGUGGGAUCUUUUUUUAUAGAACGCUUUGUAUGUCGCUGAGCAUUCAGUGACCUUGUAGCAGCGAUUUCCGCCGCUUUGCACGAGACGUUUGUUCGUACUAAAUACGCUGACAGUGUUGCUCAGUUUUUGUUAUAUUUAUAAAGAUUUUGUUCGACAGCUGAAGGCGUUUCCGCCGUCCUUCUGUCAUUUUUGUGCCUGUGAAAUGUCCCCGGGGUGGGGGCAUUUGAUCACCUGAAUGGACCCUAGUGUGGGGCAUUUGAACGGCAUUUUGGCCCGGGUAGGGGGGAAUUUGAACAAUAAUUUUCAAAAAAGUCAAAUGCCCGGGGGGUUGCCCGGGGGGGGGGGCAUGUUGAAGCUUCGAUUUGACCGAUACAUAAACCGGUCCUAAGGUGAUGUUGCGUGCAACGAGCAUUGCGCGAGAGAGGACACAAGUUGUGUUACCAUUAGAUAUAUUGUAACCUGGUUCAGGGUACCCCUAUGUGAGCUGUAGAUGUGGAAAAAAAGCCCUGGUUUUCCAUCCAGUAUUUCCCAUCUUUCUUGGUCCCAGAAAAAUUACAGUAACGGGGACUGAACUUUGCAAAAACGCGGCGUCGCACUUAUUUUAAGCAUUCGAAGUAUUUUUUAAUACUUUGUAUGCUCAUGUCCAUAUAAUGAUACUAUUUUUAACGGUAGAAAAACACUACAGUCGAACCUCCCGUAGGUCACCACCCAAAAUGCGAAGACUUAUUGGUCGAUUACCGUAGGUGGUCGAUAACAAGAAUCGAUCAAGCAAGAGGUCUCUUAAGAGGUCCGACAUGUCUACUUGAUGGUAGAUAAAUUAAUUUCUUGCAUGCGAUAUCGAAGUUAUGAUAUGUGAAGUUGCAUGUUGUUGUUAAAAAAUAUUCGUAUACUCUAAGUAUAAUGCGUGAAGAGGUCUCUUACAAGAGGUUAAAAACAGUAUAAAAUUAUUAAACCGUCAGCCCCCAAAAUUGGUCGCAGUCGUUCACAAGAGGUGGUCGUUUACAAGAGCUUCCAAAGUCUAAGGCUUUGACUGGAAAACAUUUUGGUGUUUUGGAUAGGUGGUUGCUUAUGGGAGGUGGUCGCACAUUGACGUUCGAUUGUACUGGCAACGAGGUGCCAGUUGGCUAUGAAGAAUUAGCCAGGGGGUGGUCUAACGAAUCAGAAAAAGUGAAAUAUUGUGAAGGAAUAAUAUUAACUCUACUUGUAUUGCUUGGUAUUACUUUGCACUUAAAUCAUACCGUAAAUUCCCCCCGGGGGGGGGGGCUAUUUAUUUCAAACCCAUUUGAGGGGGGGUGCUUAUUUGAGAGGGGGACCUUUUUUAAUGUAGCAAAGAUGAUGGUACUAGUUCUCCGUAAAGAACUAGAAUACGAAGUGGAAAAGCUCAAGUACAAGAAGUUGGAGGUCAUGUAGCCAAAGAACAGAAACAAAUCCGAACUUCUACUUGGUGAAUUAACCAUCCCGGAUCAGUCCACACGAAGUUUUACAGUCGUGAUUGGUUAAUACAGUCUAUCAUUUAUUAGUGAAGUUUUAUUUGGGGAAGGGAGAGAGGCUUAUUUACCUUUCUUCCCCUGGAAAGGGAGGGGGGGGGGGCUUAUUUGAGAGGGGGGCGUAAUAGAGGAUUUACGGUAUUUGACAGCUGUUGGUUUCUCAUUAGGGAUUUCAGUUAGUUCCACCGGAAAAGUCCAAAGCACUGUCUUUAGAUCGUCACCAGUCUACAGCUGCUAUUCCAGCCGAGUCAAAAAAUAUAGAGUUCUUCCUAAAUAUUGGUCGCAACUCACACAAACUUUGUCUGACGUCACCGGAAGUGACGGUGACCAAGUACAGGCCACGUCAUCAACAGGCCUCGGAUCCCAAAAACUACUGGUAAGGUACAGGAAGACCAAUAUUCAGAUACCUGCCAAUCAUGUAGCUUGUCAAAUUUUUUACAGAGGCGUUACGUUGUGUUGCAGCGAUCUGAAUUAUCGUAAUUGAUGCCACCUCUUAAGUAAAGAACAUAACAGAGGAACUUUAUGAUCGACAGAGCGCAUGACUGCACAGUUGUUGAACUGAUGAUAACGAUUACAAAAGUGGACUUUGUUCUUUCUUGGCUAUCUUAUGUUAAGUCACGGGCGUCAGUUUUAUUAAGUGAUAUCGUUCUGCAAGAUUUUCUUUUGUCCGCCAGACCGGGUAACUCUCUUAGCCUCGCUCAAUUUUUGCCAUGUAAAUGUUUCAAGGUUGGGUGACCCGCCUAGCCAGUCGGAGACUUUGCGUCAUUUAAAGUGACAAUAGAAAGCCACAGUAAGAGCAUCAAGUGAGAGUAUAAGAGCUUUGACCGACGGUCAAAGCACGUCAUUUUCCCGCCAUUUUGUUGUUAUUGUUGUUUACGUGCUUAGCAACUAUUCAAUAACCUUGAGAAAGUGAACCCCUGUUUGGCGGAGUUGUAAGAUCGCAUGUAAACGCGAGUUAGUUUUUUUACCCCACCUGAGCGGGUUACCUCACCUAUCUGGAUCCCCCACGUCUAUGUAAACAGGCCAAAAACCUAUUGCCUUUUUAACGUUCUCGUUGCUGUCGGCGUUGUCGGAUCUCAAGGUCCCUAGUGAGGUGUCUGGAGAGCAGCCAGAAUAACGCAACUUACAGAACUAUGUCCCUUUUUCUCUCGUCCCUAGAGUCUUUCAAUGUACUAUACUUGCUCGCUUGAUUAUUAACACAAGUAUUAUUUCAUUCGUCUUUAGUUACCGUCUUUGCCUGCCGGAAAGGAAAGUAUUUGAACCAAACGAGGCAGUAUUCAUUCACGAGGAAAUGGACAGUUAUAAUUGGGAUUACUUGGACCAACACAUUUGCGGAGACCAGGAAUUUAACGAACUUAUGGAGGUAAAUUCCCUCCUUGUGUUACUGACAGAGGGAGCUGAAACUUUUACAGUAAUAUGUACUCUUUUCAAGGUGUAACUGUCCGAUUGUUUUGCUUCAAGUCAUUUGGCUGCAGAAUUGAAGGGGCUGUGUCACGACUGUCUGGUUCAUUUUGUUUCAGCGAUUUUCGUGUGACCUCGAAAUGAAAACGCGCGAACAAAACGGAAACAACAAACGAACGGAAAUAGAGCGAUUUGAUUGGUUUAUUGAACCAUAGUUAUUAGAGGAGACUGGUUAUGAAAAGCGGCAAACAUCAAUGAUAAAAACAACAGUGCUGCAGUUUAUGUUCAAAGCACCGUGAAAGUGCACAAUCCUUUGUUUUCUGUUGGCAAAUUGUUACGGAAUAAAUUAAUGCAACGUUUUUAUUGGUCAAUACAAUCAAAAUGAUAGGAAUUCUUUUGAACGUUGUGCACUUUUAGGUCCACAAAAACAUAUAACAAAGGAGUCUGACGGGUUUCAUAACCAUUCCACUCAAUUGACUAUGAUUGAACGAAUACAAACGCGCGUGGAUUUUGAUUGGUUAAGCGAACGCUCGGGUGAGAAAACUUCAUGCCCGAGAACUUUUUAGAAAUCCACCGAUACUUUAACGUCAUACUGUAACACGAUUGGCCAAUCGAACAAUGCCUUCUCCAUAUCAUAUUCAUAUUUGGCGGGAAACGAAAAGGCCAUGUUUUGAUCUUUUCAUCCAUUGGCUGAUAAAACAGAUAAGGAACACUUACAGAAACCAUUUUCUUUUUUCAAGGUCAUACGAAUAUCGCUCUAACAGAGAGAUUUAAAAGAGUCACGUUUACGACAAACAGCAAACGUGAAAUUCAAGUUGAGAAUUUCUCACAACAGAAAAUACGCAGAUAAAAACUGUCCCGGACAAUUCUUAUGGAUAAAACAACAACAACAACUUUAUUCUUUUUUUACAAAAAUACAAAAGUUUAAUAAACAGUAAGGGACAAUUAAGCGGAAAGCUUGGCGAAAACCUGAAUCGUUAUGACUCUAAGGGUGGAUUUCCACUGUCGCGUAGUUUUCACGUGCGUACGCACGUAAAUUUUACGCGCGUAAAUAAAAUAAAGGCAAUGUAUGGAAAGUCGGGCGUAAAUGUUAAAGUUGAGCCUUGCUCAACUUCUCGUUUAAGCUCAGUACUUUUUAUCUUGCCUCUGUUUUAUUAACGCACGUAAAAUUUACGUGCGUAAACAGGUGUAAAAUACGCGACAGUGGAAAUUUACCCUAAAGGUGAUAUUACACGAGACGAUUCGCAACGACGAUUUUUAACCCAACACAGCGUUGCAACAUUUUUGCAACAUUCUUUCGAAUAGUUACAACAUUGUUCUAGUAUUGCAUAGCUGUGUUGCGCUAAAAAUCGUCGUUGCGAAUCGUCUCAUCUAACAUGUAACCUUAAUACCGCCAAUUACGCAUUCUUAUUCGCUAUGGCACUUGCGCAAUUGCUUGUGGACGCCCGCCGACGACAAAAUCCCAGCUUCGUGUCAACCAUUAUAGAGGUAAUCAUUGAUUACGGAUACGCAUUCGUCACUUACGGAAAAGUUACGGAAACGAAAUCGAGUCAAAAGUAGUCCUACCAGUUUCCCGGCCGAGGUGUCCCUGAUAAUAUUAAUAGGGGAGGCUUAUUUGCAGUCGCCCGUUAUAGCUCGAAAAUUUCUGCCCUAGUGCCAGAGGAACACCAGAUUAGGAUACGUUCUGACGAACGCGACAACAAAAAUGAUCUUUGAAAAACUCUUAGGCAAACAAGUUUUCGAAAACUACUAUAACCUGUGCCAGGCUCUCGGUUAGUGCAGACUAGAGAAGAAAGCGGGUAAGCAGUGAAAAAAAGAGCGUGCGAAAAACGAAAACUGCAAUUGUAAUCUGUUUCAAUCGUCUUCAAGUUUGUCAACCCGUGCCGUCUUUGUAUUUUGUUCGUGUUAUUUAUACCUUCAUUGAAUGUUGUGAGUGGUUGUUUUGAUGUUGUACUCUUUUUGGUGGAAGCUACCACAGUUUAAAUUGUUAUAAAUUUCUUGACACUGCUCCUUUCACUAUAAAAACUAUGAUAAUUCUCGACCUCGAGUGAAAGAAAUUCUACCUAACCAUGGACAAAGGCCGUAGGAUAAAAAGCUAUCCACUGGAUAACGCAAUUGGUUUCCCCAAUACUUAUCCGCUGGAUAGUAAUUUAUCCGGUGGAGAGCGCUAUACAACGUUUGAACAACCGGGUCCCGUAGAAUAAAUACCAAGAGAGAAAAUUUCAGAAUCAUAUUUUACAAAAAGAACUAUUAUCUCUACUGUUACUUCAUUAAAAUUUCGAAAAUUGCUUCUUUUUUUACGUCCCUUUCUAGAAAAUGGUAGAAGCUGGCAUCAUUCAACACGCCUCAGAAAGUGUAAAGCAAAAAUUUCUUGCAGGUUUUAUUGUCUUUUGUUUUGCACCAAAGUCUUCUUGGGCGGAGAAAAAAGAUGGUAAGUCAAGUUAGAUGUUGACCACAGGAAUACCACAGUAUUCUUAAAUACAUGCUUACCAUUCUCCUCGCAAGAAUAUCAAAUAAUGCUCUGAAGUCAUGAAGAGCUUCCGAAACUUCUGAAGAAUAAUUUUGAGUUCUCAAAUAGGAGUUCGAACCAUGACCUAUUACUCUAACGGUUAAUCUUCGGUUGGACAGGACAUGUGUGAAAGAAAAAUUCAAUGAAACCUACGUUCCGGCAUUGAUAAAAAUCUUAGGGCAAACUUUUAUUUGUGACGCUUUUUUACGCACGCGUUUGAAAUUAAAUGAAACUACACAUGCCUAGCCCCUCUCCCCCACACCAUAUACAAAGUUAACUCCUACACCCACAAUUUUUGUGAGGGGAGAGGAAACUGCAAGGGAUUUUUAACAAGGAAGCACUGAUUUCUUAAGGGAUCCUGACAACACAGGCCUUGAUUUGAGUAGUGAGUUUAAGGGGGUAUUAAAAACAAUCUGAAAAUUCGUUUUGAACCUCGCGUGUAUGCUGGUUUCGUAGUUCUGCCUGAGGAAGUACACGCCACCUCGUUUUGCGGUUGUUAUAAUCAGAAGUCGUAAUUAAUGGCUCCUGAUCAUUUUAUUUAAUGCAUUUGGGAUUUUUUUAAUUUUCGGUGGGGGCGGGGGGGGGGGUCUGCUACACAGCCGUUUUUAGACGACACUAAAAACGGAAAAACGGCUGUGUAGCAGACAAGGGGGAGGGUGGGGCGGCGGUUUGAGUCAGUUUGCUUCCUUUCAAUCAUCCGCUUCAUUUUCACUCUGUUGUUCCGCCCCCUGGGGUAAAGUAUCGGACUUCCUUUUUUCUCAACCGAGUCUUUGUUUUUUAUUGUUAGACAUACCGGACACUUCCAAGUUACCCGUGUCUCAUCGGUCUUCAAUCGACGUGGAGUGUUUCGAGUUAGAUCUGUUGCGAGAAUUUCAAAGUGAAUGGUUCGAGGUGGCAAUCUGGCCUUCCAGAACUGGAGAUGAUUUUCCAGAAUUCUUUGCACCCGAUGAGGUGAUUGAGUCAUUUCCGGUGGGUUCUCCAAACCGGAAGCGCAGCCGAACAAGAUCAGCCAGGCGGAGUCCAGGACGCCUGCAUUCAGAGAGCGGUUUGUAUUCUGUACUUUCUGAGAUCUUUCCUAGACAUUGUUAAAAACUAAUUUACUUUAAAAGCUUUUUUUUUAUUUUUUCAUUAUUGUAAAGCGUUCUUUAGUGUCGUCUCAAGUUGUAGACUGCAAAACAGUCAGUUAUUUUCCUCAAAAUCGAUGUUUCCAGGCGCGUUCGUGGGAUUUCCCACAAAACCUCACACGCCCGUAACGUUUGUGACAACCAUUUAUGCGAAUUUAUUGGCCACAUUUUUGAGAAAAGUGAAGAAAUCAGAGCAAGAGACAGUUAUGCACUCUUUUAAAAACGGUUAGCUUUCACUAAUGUUAUGAUCAAUACCAUGUAAGGUACCUUUAAAUUAACCGGCAGUUAGCCCUUGAUGGUGUAGUGGAUACGGAUAUGGAUUAUACAUCAAAUAAUGCGGGUUUAAGUCCUACAUACUACCUACUGUUUUCAUCCGUUUUCUUUCUUCUCUUAUUUACUACUCUAAGUUAUAAGACUCCUAUGAUGUAUUUUGAGUAAAGAUGACAAUCUGAUUUUGGAGGAGUUUCAACCCGCCCGUAAGGCGUCUCCCCCAAGUCUCACACUUUUUUCUCACCCUCGCUUCAGGACGUUUCUUUUUUUUACCGCUUCCGUGUUCUUGAACCACACAAUCUGCAGUCUACUCAAAUUGCUGCCUCAUCGCGAUUAUUUGUAUAUGAGAGAGAUGUCGGUUAUGUCAAAAGUUAUCCGCGGGACAGUGAAUUGUGUGUCAGUUUUAGAGAGUACAGUCGAACCUCUCGUAAGCUACCACCCAAAAUGCAAAGACUUAAAGGUCGCUUACGGGAGGUCGUAGUUUACGAGAAAAGAACCUCUUGAGGUCUCUUCCGAGACGAUGUCCGGACACAUCUACUUUAUGCAAGGUAAUUUAUUGUAUGUAAAUUCUAAAUAAUGAUAUGUGCAGUUCCAUGUUGUUAUUCAAGUUCUUCGCAUAUUUUAAGUAGAAUAGUACAUACAGCGAACAUAGAAAUCAGACAGUGCGUCAAAAAGUCGCUUACAAGAGCUUAAAACCAAUGGAAAAUCAUUAAACUGUCAGCCCCAAAAAGUGGUUGUGGUCGCUUACAGGGGGUGGUCGAUUACGAGAGAUUCUAACUAUAGGGAUUAAUUAGACUGGGAAAGAUUGGGUGUAUUGGUCGCUAAGGAGAGGUGGUCGCAUAUGGAGAUUUGACUUUAUCUGCAGUAGAGGGGCCCAUGUAUGCAUAAUAGAGGUCUCUUCACGGGAACAUAUGAACCCACAAUUGACCUGCUCCCAACGUCAGUGGCUUCAUAGCUCAGUUGGUGGAGCAUCGCACCGGUAACCGCGAGGUCACGGGUUCAAACCCCGUUGAAGUCCUGAAUUUUUUUCAAGCUUCUUUAGGCAAUUGCAUAAAUUGCGUUCACUGCGACGAUCAUUUCUUCAUUUUCAGAGGUGUCUUAAUUGGAGAAAUGUCUGUAUAAUAUAUUAAGCGAGGUAUUCGAGUUAGUUAGGUAUCCUUAUUAGAGACAUUUAUGAAUCAUAGAGGUACUCUAAUUGGAGAAAUAAGUAAGUGGAGUAUGAUUGUCCGGGUGAGUGUAGCCCUCUCCUUUGCCUCAGAAGAUGACUAACGCACAGGUUGUUGAAAUGUCAGUCACCGUCAACAACUGAACAGUCCUAUUAUUAUUAUUGUUCUUGUUGUUAUUCUUCUUCUUCUUCUUCUUCUUCUUCUUCUUAUUAUUAUUAUUAUCGAUUUAUCGAGUAUUAUCCUAUUGCAUACUCCAUAGACUGUGGCUGUGGCCCAGCUUACAAGUUUAUUACCCUGGAUGCUGAUCCUCAUCACAAGAGCCAACGCCCUGAAACCUGCAUCGUACGUUACCAUGGUAAUUUCUGCACCCAUCAUGCGUUUGAGAUCGAGCUACACUGGAUAGCAACGACUGGGAGUAUAGUAAAUAACAUGGUAGGAUGAAAGACAUCAAAGUUUUAUAGUAAUCACUCUAACAAGCCAUUUUCCAGCCAUUUUUAUGAGGAGAGUUAAUUGGAGCGGGAAAAUUAUCAGGGAGUCAGGGAGAAAGGCUCAUAUAAAAGCGAAGCGGCAACCCAUGGUAGUUCAGUUUAUUUCAUAAGCGAUAUACCUGUAAGCAACAUAUUCCGCGGUUAUAAGAAAAAGCCAUUUUUUUCAGUCACUUUUCUUACACUAUACUGUACCUUUGUUUGUUCAAUUUGAAGAUAAUCGUUCGUCACUUUUAUUCUGUCCAUAAUAUACCUUGGUUACCGCCAAAAUUUAGCAUCAACAUGGAAGCGCUUGACAUACACGCUAAUUUGUAGGCUAUAGAGCGUAUUCACAUGAGGUGACGGCGGCCAUAUUGGCGUUCCAAAACAAUGAAACGGCAGCCAUGUUAGUGUACCAAGACAACCCUGUGGGAAUUGAACUCUUUUCUUAUUUAAAAACUUUCUUGUGUUCGUAAAAAUUAGCAUAGACGCUGGUCACGUGAGGGAAUACGCUCUAUAAAAGUGAUGAUGAUGAUGAUGAUGAUGAUGAUGAUGAUGAUGAUGAUGAUCAUCAUCAUCAUCAUCAUCAUCAUCAUCAUCAUCAUCAUCAUCAUCAUCAUCAUCAUCAUCAUCAUCAUCAUCAUCAUGAUCGUAUCCGCUUUGCUCUCCUCAGGUUCAAUCAUGGACUCGCAAGGCACCUUCGUGUGGCUUUCACCUAGUCCCCGUUCCAGUAAGUCCAUUCCCUGAUCCAGCUGGUAGGAAUGUCGACCCUUUUCGUUUGCCUUUGUUCAUUUCGUUAAACUUACCCGAGGGACCAGCGGACGCAGGUAGUCUGUUCAAAGGUAAGAAAGAGGAACAAUCCCGUCAUCCCGACCUAAAUUUUCCCUUAAUCCCGAGGGUUAUUCUCGCCAUCCCACAUCCGGUGCAUACUUUCAAUCCCGAAUCCCGCCCCCAUAUUGCUUUAAAAAUUCCGAAUUCCGCCCCUAUAGUGCUUUAAAAUCCUGAAUCCCGCCUCCAUAUUGCUUCAAAAUCCCGAAUCCCGCCCCCAUAAUGCUUUAAAAGUCCCGAAUCCCGGCCUUCAAAUGAGGUAAAUGCCGUAUCCCGAGAACCCUAUGGAGGACACUCGAAGACAAAAUAAAAUUAAAGGAAGAAAGCGAUUCGCAAAAUUAUAUUGCAUAUAUUUUGCUAUUAUAGGGCGAAUGAUAUCUUUUGUUAUGCCGAACACUUCGUUAUAUAGAGGUUCGUAAUGUUGAGGUUUUUGAAUCUAGGAGUUAUGUCAUACCUAAGCGCAAUAUGAGUGUAUUCCUAAAUAGGACUGUUGCUGACAUUGGCUUCUGUUUUAAACCUGUGUGUGGUAGUCAUCUUCACAGUCAAAGUCAGGAAAAACUCUCAAGAAGACUACCGCACAGGUUGUCGAAAUAUCAACCACUGAUCUCGACCUGAUGGCUAGUUUACUUCAAAACUGACAUUAAUUUGUUGGUGUAUACUUAGGAUUCGUGUAAGUUGUCCCAAGCAAUCGUAAUCAAACAUGAAACCUCCAGUUUCGAUAGCCCAAAACUCCUUUGUGAAUAAGAAAACAACAACAACAAAAACACAAAGACAAAAACAAAACAAAGGCCUAAUGUCCAAAUUCAAAUUGUCCAUACUGAUUUUCUUACAUUUCUUUAAAGAAUUAGUUGAGAGAAUAGGAUAAAAGAUCAAAGCAUUUUCCCUUUGUGAAAGGUUUGAACCAUAAGUAGGUUGAGUUUGACCGUCCAGGUGAACGUAGUCCUGAAUAUAACUGUUGUAGACAGUGACUGACGUUUCGACAACCUGUGCGGUAAUCAUCUUCAGUGUCGAAGUGAGUUGUAUCACGUCAGUUGAUGUUAUUUAACUUUGGUUAUUGACCUGGUUGGUCAUUUAAGUCGAGAUGUUAAUGGUCUUCUGUCAGUUAAGCCGUGAUGUUAUUGGCUAUAAAGACUCUCGCAAUGUCAUUGGUGCGUUUCGAUCCGUCUAUUGUCACAGUUAAUCAGUCGUUUAUUGUUAGUCAAAUUUCAGUUGUCCAGUCGUUCUCUCGUGGUUAGUUUUGUUUGAUUCCGUCAAUAAGUCGUUUGUACGAUCCUGGUUCCUUUGUUAAUCAUUUUAUUAAUUCUCAGAACCUUUCCUAUUGAUUGUGCAUGACAAUUGUGAGGAGAAAAUUGAUGUCUGUCACACUUAGGACUUAAUGGAUAAACAUGUACCGCACUUACUCAAAUCAGCAGCAGUACUAUUUGCUCUGGCAAGUGCGAAUCGCUGGACGUAAAUUUAUAAUAGUUUACGAUAAUGAUAAAGGAGUUUGGUAGUCUUAUUUUAAGUGAUUCCAAUUCAUAACGGGUAACUAUCAGAUUAAAAAAAAAAACCAUUUUCAUCAUAGUCUCCUUACAUGGCUCCAGUCCUCUAGCCUGGCUACACUUUCAGAAAUACCAUUAUUUACUAUAUUACCGUAAAUCCUCGAUUAACCCCCCCCCCCCGGGAGGGGGCUUAUUUAUUUCAAGUCCAUUUGAGGGAGGCUUAGUAGAGACGAGAGGCUUAUUUGAGAGGUGGGGGGGGAAAUAAUGGCAUCAGCUCUUCAACGUAGGAUAACAUAGGAUAAGAACAUAGGAUAAGAGCGCUAUAGAAAUAAAGUUAUUAUUAAGUUAUUAUUAUUCAUAAAGAACUAGAAUACAAAGUGGAAAACCUCAAGUACAAGACAGUUGGAGGCCACGCAGCUGAGGAUCAGAAUCAAAUCCCAACUUCUAGUUGGUAAAUAACCUAUCCCUAAUCAGUCCACACGAAGUUUUACAGUCGUGAUGGAUUAAUACAGUAUAUCAUUUAUUAGUGAAGAAUAUCUAGGGGAGGGGGACUCUUAAUGGAGAGGGGGGACCUAUUAAUUUUCUUCUCCUGAAAAGGGGGGGGGGCUUGUUAGAGGUAGGGGUCUUAUUUGAGAGGGGGGCUUAAUAGAGGAUUUACAGUAUGUUAGAUUUGUUGGUCAUAUAAUCACCGAUAGUUACGCUCCAUUGAGUUUGAGUGAUCUUUAGUUGAUCUGUUUUGUUCAUGUUUUUUGCAACCAAAAAUUGUUGCAAUUUUUGUAUUUCAGAAUUUGAACCAUCCACGCGAAAUCCAAGAAUGUUUCUAUUUUUGGAAGCCAUACUUCAAAGGUACGUAUGUACUGCUUGCUUACGUCCUUACGGGACAGUUGACGUUAAGUAGUCUUGAAUGUUUUUUCGCUAUUAAUGUUUUAAACUUUGCAUAUUCUCAACUCAAGAAAAAAUGCUUGAGUUUCCAUUUUUCAACUUAAAAACCAAACGAAAAGGGCUGAAUUAAAAACGAGUUCGUCACUUUAAAAACGGGAAGCGAACUGGAGCCGAAAUGUGUCCCGCAAUUGUUUCUAGGAUCGUAACUGGGGACAGGCCGGUCAGCUAUUGGUCAAUUUUUCCCCGUGUCCCUGGUAACAGCACCAGAAGCCUUUGCAAAAGUUAACUCGGUCCAGUUUCCUUCUCUUUUUUAAAAGUGGCGAAUGGGUCAUAGUCUCCUUCGCAGCCGUUUUUGGGCUCGUCACGCAACGCUCCUCCCACCAGCGUUGCGUGACGAGCCUAAAAACGGCUGCGAAGGAGACUAGAUGGGUCACAUUGUUUGUUGGGACCAGCUUACUUGCAGAGCAGCGUUUCAUAAAAAGAAAAAUUACAUUAUGGUGCUUAAAGCAAAGUGAUUUAUAUAUCCUAAUCCACAUUGAAUUGCAGAGUUGAAACUGAAAAUAUUACGGCGCUUAUCAUUUGUCGCACGUAACAUUGAGUAAAUUUUUCCAAAUCUUUGUUUAUGGCGUCGUACUCAAAUUUGGGAGGUAUUGACCCUGAAAAACUGUAUCGAGCCACCUUAACUGCACAACCUUAUUAACCUUGGGCAGCAUUUCGUACCAUAGUGUGACGCAAGUUUUAACAUUCAGUCAAACAGAUUUGGCUUUCAAACUUUACCACUACCUUCUUGCCAGUUCCGACACUUUCAUUCUAAUAACGUGCCCUCUUGCCAAAAAUAGCCCGUUCACAGACCCGCUAUUUUCUCUUAAAAGUCCACCAAGCGCGCUCGCUGAUUAUCGAAAAGAAAAAUAAAGCAACGUCUGUGUACAGGCUAGCCCAAAAUUACACGUCAUUUUUUACCAUGACAACAGCACUUUGUUGCUUUGUUUCAAGGUUUGGUUUCAUCCGGGACUCACCGUAUGGCUCGAUGCACGUGAGCUCGCCGAUGGUGCAAAUGACGCCCGUGCAGUGCCGCGCACAUGACUACGUGCACACGAGCGGCGUAGCUUUUGUACGUAUCUCUACCUGGGAAGAUGAUAAUGAUCCUUUUAUGAAUGACCAACAUGGGUCAAUAAUGGACCAACACAGUGGCAGGUAUUGGGGUUUCUAUUGGAUGCCAAAUCAUAUGUUGACAAGACGUUGGCGGUCAGCGGCUACUGGUGAUAAAGGAAGUGAAAGUAAAUUGAGAAGUGAACUGGAAGAUUUCUGCGCGGACAAAAAUGGUGUUUUGACGAAAUUCUGGGAGUCGUGCGCGGCAACUGCAAGAAGACUGCUUCAAAAAGGCGUAGAAGAAGAAGAUAAGAUUUCCUUUAAAGAAAAGGAUGAAGGUUGUGAAAUGAACAGGGUGGAAGAAAGCGAUUCGACAAAUUUGGGGAGCUCCACAGAUUCAUCUGAUAAACUUCUUGCUUCACAAUCAGAAAAAGAGAAGUGA